AAAAAUUAAUACCAAGUUGUUGAAAAAAUAUGCACAUUAAUUUUAUCUAAAGACAUCCAAUUUGAGUAUAACUUAAUAAUUUCAUUAAUUAAAAACGGAAAAAAAAAAAAAAAAAAAGAAAUUGACUUGCGCUCUCAAGUCACGAACCGUACUGUUUAAAUAAAUCAAACGAUACCGCUUUUUUUGUUUUCUCCCAUUCUCGUCCUUGCCCAUUGUUUUCUUUCUUUCUUCUCUCUCUUUCACAACUCCUAACCUCUUAAGUUGAAUUAUCCUACAACACCAAUGUACUCUUCAUCUUCCUCCUCCCAACAACAACAGUCAUCCUCCAACACCCAAUCUAAUAACAAUAGCAACCCAAAUCUCAUGCGCUACGACUCCGCCCCUAGUAACCUCCUCUCCAACACGGUCGACUCCAUCGUCGGUAACCACCACCACCACAACCACCAAAUACACCAACACCACUUCUUCGAAUCCAAUCAAACAAAACUUAAUUCGACUAACUCAUCAAGAGAUACCCUCACCUUGCUCCAUCAAGGUCCGUACGGUUUGACCAAGUCGUCAUCGAAUAAUAGUAAUAGUAAUAAUAAUAAUAAUAAUAAUAAUAACGGGAUGGAUUCUACGUCCAAGACAACGUCGUCUUCGAAUUUGAUUCGACAUAGUAGCUCUCCGGCGGGGUUUCUUAGUCAUCUUGCUUCUGAUAUUGGAUAUAAUUCUGUUCCAAAAGGAUUUGAUGUGAAUUACAAUAAUGGACUAGCUGGGAGUUCAAUAGGUCAUGAUCAGCACAUGCUAUCAAGGUUAGGCUCUCAAUUGAGCUUCACAAGAAAAGAUCAUCAUUCUCUCUCUCAAAUUUCAGAGGUAAAUGAGAAUGUUCUUGAAGGCAUGAGCUCCCAUGGCCACGAUGAUCAUGAGCGUGAGAAAUCAGUUGCUUCACAAUCUCGCUCACCCUCUGGAUUUUCACUGACUGCUUGGGAUGACAGCGAAAACAACUUUGUAAUUUCGACAUCAUCAAACAAACGAGGGAAAACUAUCAAUGACGAUAUCCUUUAUGGUUUAGGGGCCAUUGAUUCCCAGCAAGCAUUGGCGUUAGAGAUGGCAACAAUGGAGAGGCUGAUGCAAGUACCUGAAAAUUCGGUCCCUUGUAAAAUUCGUGCUAAGCGUGGAUUUGCAACUCACCCUAGAAGCAUUGCUGAAAGGGAAAGAAGAACUAGGAUAAGUGGGAAAUUAAAGAAGUUACAAGAGCUUGUUCCCAAUAUGGACAAGCAAACAAGCUAUUCAGACAUGCUAGACUUAGCAGUGCAGCACAUCAAAGGACUUCAAGGCCAGAUUGAGAAACUGAAUGAAGACCUAGAUCAUUGCACGUGUGGAUGCAAGCCAAAUAAUUGAUAUGGAGUCCUAACUCUGGAACGAAGUCUUGACUCUCAACAGGUUAUGGCCGCCUCAAUGGAAGCUUGGUGAUCAAAGAAUGAUCGAUUGCCAAAACUAAACAGUGGAUUUUUGUUUGUACAUAAACAUGUAAUUUUUCCUUACUAACUAAUUAAUUGGGGAGGUUUAAGAGAGUUAAAUAGAUGAUCCCUCCCUCUUUUCAUUUGGUAGUUUUAUGCUGUUCAAUUUUUGUAAGCAUUGUUCAUGCAAUUUUACUUUAGUUAAUUGAACUAGCUUAUCUAAAUUCAAAGCAUUUAGCAAGAC